AACUGCUACGUCCAACCUGCCAGCCCGGGAUGGAUAUAGCAGCGGGUGAAGCUAGCGGCUAAAUUUGUGUCUUCAGCCUCAUAAACAUCUUAAGGAUUGCCUGGGCAGCGCUGCCCAACCGCCUCCUGCUGCUGCCGAGCGGGCUGAAGACAUCCCAUGUCCCACCGCAAGUUCUCCGCUCCCAGGCACGGCCACUUGGGCUUCCUUCCCCACAAGAGGAGCCGGCGCCACCGAGGGAAGGUGAAGUCGUGGCCGAAGGAUGAUCCCAGCAAACCAGUGCACCUGACGGCUUUCCUGGGCUACAAAGCGGGAAUGACGCACACCGUGCGGGAGGUGCACAGGCCUGGGCUCAAGAUCUCUAAGAGGGAGGAGGUGGAGGCCGUGACCAUCAUUGAGACCCCUCCGCUGGUGGUGGUUGGGGUUGUGGGGUACAUAGAAACCCCGAAGGGGCUGAGGAAUUUCAAGACAGUGUUUGCUGAGCACAUCAGUGACGAGUGCCGGCGGCGCUUCUACAGGAACUGGCACAAGAGCAAGAAGAAGGCGUUCACCAAGUACUGCAAAAAGUGGCAGGAUGAGGAUGGCAAAAGGCAGCUGGAGAAGGAUUUUGCAGCUAUGAAGAAGUACUGCAAGGUCAUUCGUGUCAUUGUGCACACACAGAUGAAGCUGCUCCCGCUGCGGCAGAAGAAGGCCCACGUGAUGGAGAUCCAGCUGAACGGUGGGACAGUGGCUGACAAGGUGGACUGGGUUCGGGAGAGGCUGGAGAAGCAGGUCUCUGUGCACAGCGUCUUCAGCCAGAACGAGAUGAUUGAUGUCAUUGGCGUGACCAAGGGGCACGGGAUGAAAGGGGUGACGAGCCGCUGGCACACCAAGAAGCUCCCCAGGAAGACGCACAAGGGCUUGCGCAAGGUGGCCUGCAUCGGAGCCUGGCACCCGUCCCGGGUUGGCUACUCCAUUGCCCGGGCUGGCCAGAAGGGCUACCACCACCGCACGGAGCUCAACAAGAAGAUCUACCGCAUCGGCCAUGGGAUCCAUGUGGAGGAUGGCAAGGUGGUGAAGAACAACGCCUCGACGCACUACGAUCUCACAGAGAAGACCAUUACUCCUAUGGGUGGUUUUCCUCACUAUGGAGAGGUCAACAACGACUUCCUCAUGCUGAAGGGCUGCGUCAUGGGCACGAAGAAGCGUGUGCUCACCCUGCGUAAGUCCCUUCUGGUGCAGACGAGCCGCCGCUCUCAGGAAGCCAUUGAGCUCAAAUUCAUUGAUACCACUUCCAAGUUUGGCCACGGACGCUUCCAGACAGCUCAGGAGAAACGGGCUUUCAUGGGCCCUCAGAAGAAGCACUUGGUGAAGGCGAAGCCAAGUGGGCAGGAAGAGGUGUAAGGAUGGAGAUGCACGAGGCAGCCUAAUGUUGGGCACGUCAAUAAAGGGGCUUCGAGCCA